CCAGCGCGUGUCGCGUCGGCUUAGUUAGGUUAUACGUAUACGUAAAUUAAAACUCAAAUAUGCACUUCGUAUCCAGCGAAAAGUACUUUGCCCGUGACGUCGUUGUGCGAUCUUUAAAAUGAAAUUUUUGUUGAGAACGUCCGCUUCUUGCUUACAUUCGAACAGUAUUACUCGUGCCAGCGAACUGUAAAGAGCUCGGGCCUAAGUUGUAACCGUUAGCAACAAAGCAAAGCAAAGCAAAGCAUUAUCUAAAUAUUGUUUACAUUUUGUUGAAUGAGCUUGCAAUUUACUGUUACAAUUUGUGUCGUUCUAAUUGAAUAAACGUGCUCAACAGCCAAAAAUUUAGAAGCGUUCCGAAGAAAAUAUAUUAAAAAUGGCUGAGGUUAAAUUUUUGGUUGUGCUACCAGCUAAUCCCGACGAGUCGGACAGGAUGAGUAAACUUGCCAUACGAGGGAGCCUGCUGCAGGAGCCACAACAAUUUUCCAUUAAUUUUGUGAACAGUCCCAGCUGCACAGACAACAUAACAUAUCAUUUUAAAGUAAAGGUGCCAUCGCAGACGAUCGUCGAGAAUUACAAGAGUAAUGGCGAGUGGAGCGGAUCGCAUCAGGAGAAAUAUCUGAAUAUAUUCGAUGAAUCAACAUUUUCACUUGAGUUUCAGUUUGACUAUGAUAAUUCCACCAUAAUCGUGUACCAAGUGCGUGGACAGGGUCAUAACUUUGUUACAAAAUUCGAGACCCUCUUUUCCCUGUCAGAGAUACAAUCGAUUCAAGUAUGGGGCGAUGUCCAAAAGAUUAACGAGUUCUCAUUGAGUUACGAUUGAGAGCAGCUGCAAACCUGAAAAACAAUCUUUAAGGUUAGCACUGCACAUUUUUCACUACAAAUUUUCACUUCUGGCGUUGUCGUCUCCCGCUUGGUUUUGGUUGGGUUUGUUUCGUUUUGUUAUGUUUGGUUUGGUUUGGUUUGGUUUUGUUUGGCUUGUUCUGCUCUUCAUCUAACAAUGUAUUUGCACGUAGUUAUUCGCACCAUCCACACGGAAACUAAAUUAAACUCCAAAUCGCAAUCAUUCAGUUUACAGCCGCAUAUAUUUGGAGUUUUAAGUCAUCGUCCUGCGCCUGUGCAUAUGCCACGCUUUUUGCACUCACCUGCGGGACUGUUCCUUUAAUGUAGAGCCUGUUAAACCGUUCCAGUGCCUUGCAGUAGUAUUUAUGUAUUUAGAAUGUAAUUGCUAACUAUACGAAUUUUCCUCUGUUAUGUUUAAUUAGGCCAAAGAAUUUACACAUUUAUUUAUCGCUGCUAAAGUAGUAUUUAUGUAUGUAGUAUUUAUAAAAGCAGCAUACAAAUUGCACAAUCCUACAUCCCAUCUAAAGUAUUAAUAAAAACCUUAAAAUAACUGCAUAGUUUUAUGUUACAAUUCUAAACAAAGCACAUUAAAUGUUAUUUAUUUUGUUAA